CGAAAUCCUGCCCACCAUCACAAUGAAGGCGUUGAGAGCUCCGCAGCUGCUCUAGCUAUUGCGGUUAAUGGGUUCAAAAAGUUGCAUGCUACCUUGUCGAGUGGAUGUUCUCGUGCUGUCAACAAUGCGUACUUACAACUUAUCCAGAGUACACUCUAAGAUAUGUCACGCUAUCACGCAGAUGUUAACACCCAACCUCAAUGUUACCCCGGACGAAAGACCGCAUUUUAAGUAUGCAUUUUGGGCAUUUCCAGCAGCCAUUAAUGGUUUACAAUAUUGCUUACCUGUGGUGACGGUGGACGGGACCCAUUUGUACGGAAAGUACAAGGGUCACCUACUUUUGGAGGUGGCGCUCAAUGGAAACCGAGAACUUUUCCCGCUUGCAUAUGCUGUAGUUGACGGGGAAACAUCUGAGAGUUGGGCAUGAUUUUUUCGUCUUCUUGUUCAAAGAGUUAUUCGUUCGCAUCAGGUUUGUGUAAUCUCCGAUAGGCAUGCAGGCAUUAUCAAUGCAUAUCGUGAUCUCCCUGAGCUACAAACUGGAUUCAUAACCAAGCGUUAUUGUCUAAGGCAUGUCCGCAUCAAUUUCAUGAAUAAAUUUCAUGACAGUGA